AGAUAGUGGUGAGGUGGAGAAUGAAAAGAUACGUGAUUGUGCGUUGCAUUUGUUGAAUGUGAAGUUGAACCUGGACGUAUCAUUCAACAGCACUCAAAAUGGUAUCAGCAGUGAGCAUUUGAACGCAUUCGCUCAACAGCUGAAUCGUUGGAUUAAACCGGUGGAAAGUAAGCAUGAGGUUGUACUGUGUCAGAACGCAGCAUUCUCGUUGAAGCUGAUCGCAAAACGUAUUCCACCGAACGAUAGCGCACCUGCUCUAUCAUCAUCGAUUGCGUUGUGUACUGAACUUUUAGGGAAUUGGCGUAGUUUCGAUGAAGCGAUGGUUGGUAGCAUAUUGCUGCUAGCAGGUGAACUGGUUCGGCGACAGUCAACCAGGAAUACUCUUCAAUAUGUCAAUAAAUUAUGUGCGAUUUCGUUGGAUAUCUUAAUGGAGCAAUUGGAUAGCAGCGCAUCACAACAACAACAACAACACGUUGUAUCUCCG